GCGGCGGCGGCACGCGAAGGUCGCGGCGGCAUGGAGGCGGCGGGAGGCGGCGGGCUGGGGGGGGCCGACCCGCAGCUCCAGCGCUUCAUCGAGGUGGAGACGCAGAAGCAGCGCUUCCAGCAGCUGGUGCACCAGAUGACCGAGCUGUGCUGGGAGAAGUGCAUGGACAAGCCCGGGCCGAAGCUGGACAGCCGGGCCGAGACGUGCUUCGUCAACUGCGUGGAGCGCUUCAUCGACACCAGCCAGUUCAUCCUCAACCGGCUGGAGCAGACGCAGAAGUCCAAGUCGGCCUUCUCGGAGAGCCUGUCCGACUGAGCGCCGCCCGCCGCGCCCGAGAGGCCGGGGCGAGCCGGCCCCCCGAGCGAGCCGAGGUCACCUCUGGGGGUUAGGAGAUAGUUUUGUGAAAGGUGCAGCCAGAUGAGAGCCCAUUACAGGUACACCCGCUCCUCCGCACGGCGCCGUGCAGUUCCCAUCCCCGACCGCCAGGAAGGAUCCUCGUGCCGGGACGCGGGGGCUGCGGGGGCCGCGGAUGCUGCGCACGAGGUCUGGGCGGUGGGGACGUGUCCCUGCAGCUGGAAGGAGGGGUGGUGAUGCUCACCUCAGGGGUGCUUCCAGCGCUAAGGUGAACCUUAACGCAGGGCGAGGCGAGCCUGCAACCACUGCCUUAAACGGUACUGCACACGCGUUCGUUGCGCAGGACUAACCUUCCUGGUAGGUGCUAACGAGCCUGCACGUCCCAUGGCUGUGCGCUGCGACUGGAAGGAGAGCAGCAGGACUGCACCAGCACAGACACCCCCAGCCCGAAGAGCUUCCUGGGUAUAGCGAAUACCCCAGGCAGCGUCACUACUGGAAAACAUUUCAAGGCUUCUGUAGGAUAAAGUCAUUCACGUGGCCAAGUGGCAGAGUUUCAAACUGCAGCACAGCUCUCUCAAAACUGACUUGCUCCAUUCACUGCUUUCCCCUAGACAAUGUAAUAAAUGUUAACUGGGUCAAUUUUUAA